AUGGACUACGUCGAGCAGCGCAUGGCCCAGGAAGCGUCCAAGCCCCCGGGCGAGAGCGACUCCUCCAUCUUCACCCCUCUAAACAUCGCCCUCUUCGGCAUCCUGCUCUACACGCUCUACGCGCUCCUCCUCCGCCCCUCGACGCCGGCCACGCUCCCCAAGGAGGAGCCCGCGAUCGUGUUCCGGACCUUCACGCCGCACACGCUGCUGCCGUACAACGGCGAGGCCGGCGCGCCCGUGUACCUGGCCGUGCGGGGCCGCGUCUUCGACGUGUCGAGCGGGCGCAACUUCUACGGGCCGGGCGGGCCCUACGCGAACUUUGCCGGCCGCGACGCCUCCCGCGGCCUGGCGUGCGGGAGCUUCGACGAGGACAUGUUGACCAAGGACCUGGACGGGCCGCUGGAUACGCUGGCCGACCUCGGGAGGGACGAGCUCGAGGCGCUGCAGGGGUGGGAGGAGAGGUUCUCGGAGAAGUACAUGGUCGUGGGUAGGCUGGUGGCGGUGGGCGAGGAGGAGAAGAAGGCGUGA